AUGGAAUCUUCAGAGACCACUCCCAGAGCAGCGACCACUAGCAAGGCUGUUGGGGACAUAUGGUAUAUUUGUCAUGGGAUUCUGGGAACAGCCGUUGAAGUUUUUGGUGUAGUUGGAAACGUCAUGUCCAUUGCUGUCCUCGUUCAUCCUGACAUGCGCAGUUCCACUGGUAUAUUGCUGACGUCAUUGGCCGUGUAUGACAUCAUCGUGCUUACGUCAUACCUGUUCCUGUUGUCGAUGGACCAGAUAUUCCAGCACACACGUGUCUACGCCAACUUUCUCACCGACCUCCACCAACCAACCUAUCCGGUCUGGUACAGCAUGUCAAGUAUCGCGUUCAUGGGAUCAAGCUACACAACUCUCGCCAUCUCCAUCGAGAGGCUCAUCGUGGUUACUUUCCCUCUCAAGGCUUCCGCCUGGUGUACAGAAUCCCGCGCAAAGGCUGCCGUCAUCCUCAUCUUCAUCUUCUCCGCUCUGUACAACAUCCCCCGGUACUUGGUCUUCAGCAUAGUCCCCUCUUGGGAUGAAGCCACUCAGAAGAACGAGAUCAGUUUAGAAAGGACGGAAUUUUCCAAGACAUACUUCUUCAAGGCUGUAUACUCUGUCACAAUGAACAUAACCAUCAAGGUGUUCCUGCCUUUGACAGUCCUUGCUGUGUCCAGCUGUUUUAUGAUUAGGGCAGUGAGGAGGACCGGGAUGGUACGAAGAAACCUACAAGGGGGCGGUUUGGGUUCGAACCACAGCAAGUUUUCGGCCAUGGUGGUAGCGGUGAUGGUGUUCUCGAUGACGUCCCUUCUGACUGGUGCUAUGGAGGUGAUACUCCUUCGCAUCAACGACCAACAGUUCCAGACCGCCGAUGACUGCGAGGUCGUGUGUGCUGCUGUGAGCGCUGUCUCCGAGCUAAUGGCCAUUUUGAACUCUGGAAUUAAUUUUCUGCUGUUUUGUGUUUUUGGAUCAAAAUUCAGAGAAGUAUUUCGACGGCGGUUCUGUAAGAGACGGGAAAUGGCUGCGAGGAACAGUCGCUCAUAUACCAUGUCGCUCUCUUGA